UUAUAAUGGGUAAUAUAACGUUGUUUGUAGUGACCUAGUAAUGCUACUUUACUGUAAUCGCGAUUAAUAUUUUAAUUGACUGUCGCGAUCGUGGAAUGCGAUGUGUGUAGUUCAGAUAGGUACCUAGAUAGUUUGAAUAGUCUGUUGCUUUUUGAUACUCCGACCACAGCAGUGUUGUUGAUAUUUCACAGUCGUUUUUUUCUUGUAUAAUAUUAUUGUUUAUUUUUUUUUAUAAAUUAUAGGUUUGAUAGAUGCUUAAGGAUAUUAAAUCCUUAUUACCUACAUUCUCACUCUGGAUAUUAUUUAAUAUGUCUGUAGUUCCUUAUGACUUUGAUAUUUCUUUUUUGCUGAAUAUUGUAUUGUGAUAGGUACUUAACUUAAUUUGUUAAAAUAAAUUCAUUAGCAAAUCCACACGUUAAAAAAAAAAAAUAGUAAAAAUAAGUGAUUUGAACGAAUAUCGUGAUGUAGUUGGCGACAUUUCAAUUGCUUUAGAUAAUGACGACGAAGAAAGUGAUAGCAUAAUCUCAUCUAGUAUGUCACCAUCUAAACAGUCGACUAGUGCGCCAUCAACGGUGUUGGUCAAAUCUCCUCGGUCAACUUUAAGGCAAAGAACUACUUCUGUCAGCCAAUCGACUAAGAAAACCGCUUCAGAGUCAGUACUACAGUCUCAUACGCGCACAAUUUAUACGGCUGGUCGACCACCAUGGUACAACACUGCUGGGCAACAAGUAGAACCGUUUGUUAUUGGUGUAUGUGGUGGAAGUGCUUCUGGGAAAACAACUGUGGCUAGAAAAAUAAUAGAAUCGUUAAAUGUACCGUGGGUUGUACUGCUUAGCAUGGAUUCAUUUUAUAAGGUGUUAACUGCAGAACAACAUGAGAAAGCUGCCCAUAAUGAGUAUAACUUUGAUCAUCCAGAAGCGUUUGAUUUUGAACUCUUAACUUCUACUUUGCAAAGGUUGAAAGAUGGCAAGAAAGUUGAAGUUCCCAUUUAUAAUUUUGUCACACACGCUAGAGAAACUAAAACAAAAACAAUGUAUGGUGCAAAUGUCAUAAUAUUUGAAGGAAUAAUGGCAUUUUAUAAUUCAGAUGUUUUGAAGAUGUUGGAUAUGAAGGUAUUUGUAGAUACUGAUGCGGAUAUCAGAUUAGCACGGAGACUCAAGAGGGAUAUAUCUCAACGAGGUAGAGAUCUUCAAGGUGUUUUAAAACAGUAUUGUAAUAUGGUAAAACCAUCAUUUUCACAUUACAUUGCUCCGUCCAUGAUCCAUGCCGAUAUCAUUGUACCUCGAGGUGGAGAUAAUACAGUUGCCAUAGAAUUAAUUGUUCGGCAUGUACAUAAGCAACUGCAAGCGCGAGGGUUUAAAUUACGAGAAACACUUGCAAUGUCUUACGUCGGUCAACCUCUACCCAGCUCUAUUCAUCUAUUGCCAUCUACACCACAAACUCAAGGCUUACAUACGUUCAUACGAAACAAAGAUACACCCAAGGAUGAAUUUAUAUUUUAUUCCAAACGACUUAUUAGACUAGUUAUUGAGUUUGCGCUGUCAUUGUUGCCAUUCAAAGAUGUUAUUGUAGAUACUCCCCAGUGUGUUCCAUAUUCUGGUAAAAGAUGUGCUAGUGACAAGAUAUGUGGUGUGUCGAUUUUGAGGGCUGGAGAAACAAUGGAACAAGCAGUUUGUGACGUUUGUAAGGAUAUACGUAUCGGGAAAAUUUUGAUACAAACAAAUAGAUCUACUGGAGAACCAGAACUAUAUUAUUUGCGCCUACCUAAAGAUAUUAAAGACUAUAUGGUAAUUUUAAUGGAUGCCACGGUAGCUACUGGUGCAGCUGCAAUGAUGGCCAUUCGAGUACUUUUAGAUCACGAUGUUCCUGAAGAAAAUAUUUUAUUGGUGUCAUUACUAAUGGCUGAAUCUGGGGUGCACACAAUUGCAUAUGCAUUUCCUCAAGUGCGCAUCGUCACAUCAGCUGUCGAUCCAGAAAUAAAUGAAAAGUUCCAUGUUCUACCAGGAAUUGGUAAUUUUGGUGAUAGAUAUUUUGGCACUGAACCGGAAGAGUACUUAUCCAGUUAG